AUGGCUUCGUCAUCGUUCAGAGACAACAUGAAUAGCUUAGGCUGGUCACGUCGCGAGCAGCCCUCUCAUACCAACACAACAAAGCCACUGCUGGGCGGCCUGUCCAGAUGGAACCCUUUCGGCGGCGAGGGAGGUCUGAGCCUGCCCACAACAGAGGGCGAAGGACCAGGCGCGCCCCUUCCAGCACCAUCGCGGAGAGAAGAGGAGGAAGGCUGGUUCGCAUUGAGCCGUUGGGAUCGUCUACUCAUAUUCGGAGGUCUAAAUCUCGCGGCCCUUGUUCUUUUCAUGAUCUGCUUCGCGCUGCUACCAGUCAUCGCGUUAGCAUCAAGAAAGUUCGCGAUUCUAUGGUCGAUGGCAUCCCUGCUAUUCCUGGGCUCGUGGGCAGUCAUGAUGGGUCCACUAUUAUAUCUCCGUCAUCUGAUAUCAGAGGAGCGUUUGCCCUUCACUGCGACAUACUUCGGGAGUAUCGUGCUUACGCUAUAUUUCGCCAUCGGGCUGCAUAGUUCUAUUCUUACCGCCUUGACUGCCAUCAUACAAUUAUUGGCUCUGCUGUGGUACCUCGUCAGUUAUUUCCCGAUGGGCUCAUCGGGGCUGCGCUUCGCCGCCCAGUUUGGCGGCAAUCGUAUUGCAGCUUGGAUGACUGGUUGA